AUGCAACAAAAACCCGCCGAGAAGAUGCUCACCCGCCGACCCGAAGAACCAUUUGCAACCCUGUGUGCCGACUUCGUGGGACCGUUCCCGCGAUCCAAACAAGCCUUUCUCAAGUCGGCAGGAGUAGCGCUCCAACAUACAGCACCCUACUGUCCUCAAGAAAACCCCACAGAAAGGGCAAAUAGGACUGUGAAAACGAUGAUAGCUCAGUUUGUAGAGGAAUAUCAAAGCACCUGGGACGCAUUACUACCAGAGAUGUCAUUAGCCAUCAACUCCAGUAUCUCCGACAAAACUGGCUUCAGCCCAGCCUUCUUGCUACACGGUAGAGAACCCCGGCUGCCCGGCGCUCUAUACGACGAAGUCACGCCUGGAACUGGAAGCCCCCCGGAAUCAGCCCUGUCCAAAGCAACCAGGCUCAAGGAAGUAUUUGCCAUCGUCCGCAACAAUAUCCAACAAGAAAGCCAGGAACAAGGACGCUACUAUAACCUACGUAGAAGAAAAUGGCGCCCUACCAUCGGAUCUCCGGUUCUCGUGCGUCAACAGCACCUCUCCAACGCAGCCGACGGAUUCGCUGCGAAGCUGGCUCCCAAGUUUGACGGACCGUACAAACUGAAGUGCUUCAUCUUACCAAAUGUCGUCCGACUCCAGCACCAGAGCAACCGAAAACAAAGAGUAGCGAACAUAGCGGACCUCAAGCAGUUUCACGACAACGAGGACAUCGCAGACCAGACCAGCCCGAACGACCACAACCAGACCCUACUAAAGUAA